AUGGCGGACACCAGCAGCUCGGGUCCCACGCGGAUCGCCAUUCUCGGCAAAGAAGACAUCGUCGUCGAUCACGGCAUCUGGCCGUCUUCGACAAGGGCCGCCCCCAAAGAUGCCCGCCUUCUCACCUACGCCAUCCCGCCCGGCGAGUACUCCAAGGGCCGCGAUACCAAGGCCGACAUCGAAGAUUGGAUGCUCUCGCACGCAUGCACUCGCGACACCGUCAUUAUUGCACUCGGCGGCGGCGUGAUUGGAGACAUGAUCGGCUAUGUUGAUGGCACCUUCAUGCGUGGUGUCCGCUUUGUGCAGACGGCCGCUAUCUGGAACGAGACCGAGUUUGCCGCUCUCGAGGAGAAUGCCCCCGCCAUCCUCGAGGCUAUUCGCACCAAAGGCACCAGCCCCUCCGCCCGCCUCGCUCCCAUUCGUCAUAUCCUCAAGCGCAUUGUGUUGGGCUCUGCCGGCGUCAAGGCCGAGGUCGUCUCGGCUGACGAGCGCGAGGGCGGUCUUCGCAACCUGCUCAACUUUGGUCACUCCAUUGGCCAUGCCUACGAGGCUAUCCUUGCGCCCCAGGUCCUGCACGGCGAGUGUGUUGCUAUCGGCAUGGUCAAGGAAGCCGAACUGGCUCGCUUCCUCGGCGUCCUUCGCCCCGGCGCUGUUGCCCGCCUGACCAAGUGCAUCGCGAGCUAUGACCUACCUACCUCCAUGCACGACAAGCGUAUCGCGAAGCUCUCGGCUGGCAAAGAGUGCCCUGUCGAUGUGCUGCUUCAGAAGAUGGCUGUUGACAAGAAGAAUGAGGGCCGGAAAAAGAAAAUCGUGCUGCUGUCGGCCAUUGGCAAGACGUAUGAACCCAAGGCAACCGUCGUCGACGAUCGCCCCAUCCGAGUCGUUCUGUGCCCCUCUAUUCGCGUUACGCCGGGUGUCCCGAGUAACCUCUCGGUCAGCGUGACUCCGCCCGGCUCAAAGAGCGUCUCUAACCGCGCACUCAUUUUGGCCGCCCUGGGGCAGGGCACGACCCGCAUCCACGGGCUCCUCCACUCGGAUGAUACGCAGUUCAUGCUUGCCGCCAUCGCUCAGCUCCAGGGUGCCACCUACUCUUGGGAGGAUGCCGGGGAGGUCCUCGUCGUCAAAGGCAGAGGCGGCAAGCUGCAGGCCAGCGGCGAGUCACUGUACCUUGGUAAUGCCGGCACCGCUUCGCGCUUCCUCACGUCCGUGGUGGCACUCUGCUCUCCCACCACCGCCUCUUCCACCGUCCUGACGGGCAAUGCACGCAUGAAGGUGAGACCCAUUGGCCCACUUGUCGAUGCGCUACGCGCCAAUGGCGUGGCCGUCGAGUACCUCGAGAAAGAGAAGAGCUUGCCAGUCCGGGUGGACGCCAAUGCCGGAUUCGCUGGCGGCGUUAUCGAGUUGGCCGCUACCGUCUCGUCGCAGUAUGUCUCGUCCAUCCUGAUGGCUGCGCCCUACGCACACAAACCUGUCACACUCCGACUCGUCGGCGGCAAGCCCAUCUCACAGCAAUACACCGAUAUGACCAUUGCUAUGAUGGCAUCCUUUGGCAUCAAGGUCGAGAGGUCGACUGAGGAUCCCAACACCUACCAUAUUCCACAGGGAGUUUACCAAAACCCAGCCGAGUACGUCAUCGAGAGCGACGCCAGCUCGGCGACUUACCCCUUGGCCGUCGCUGCCAUCACCGGUACCACUUGCACCAUACCGAACAUUGGCUCUGCGUCACUCCAAGGUGAUGCCCGUUUUGCUGUUGAGGUCCUCCGCCCCAUGGGCUGUACCGUAGAGCAAACUGAAACCUCGACCACGGUGACCGGACCGCCUGUUGGGACGCUCAAGGCUAUCAAGCACGUCGACAUGGAGCCCAUGACUGACGCCUUCUUGACUGCCACUGCUCUCGCCGCUGUCGCCUCGGGGACUACCCAGAUUACCGGAAUCGCGAAUCAGCGCGUCAAGGAAUGCAACCGGAUCGCAGCCAUGAAGGACCAGCUCGCCAAGUUCGGUGUUGUCUGCAACGAGCUCGAAGAUGGUAUUGAGGUGAUCGGGAAACCGUACCAGGAAUUGCAGAACCCCGCCGAGGGUAUCUACUGCUACGAUGACCACCGCGUGGCCAUGAGUUUCAGUGUCCUGUCGACGGUUUCCCCCCAUCCCGUGCUGAUUCUUGAACGGGAAUGCACCGCCAAGACGUGGCCGGGGUGGUGGGAUAUCCUGUCGCAGGCUUUCAAAGUCCAACUGGCUGGGGAGGAGGACCCGACCGCAAAGCACGUCGUCAAGUCAUCCCGCUCGGGCACGGACCGAUCCAUAUUCGUGAUCGGGAUGCGUGGCGCGGGCAAAUCCACGGCCGGCCGGUGGAUGUCCGAGAUACUGAAGCGGCCCUUGAUUGAUCUGGAUGUUGAGCUGGAAAGGAGAGAGGCCACGACCAUUCCGGAUAUCAUCCGCGGUGAGCGCGGCUGGGACGGCUUCAGGAAGGCCGAGCUCGAGCUCCUCGAGGAUGUGAUGAAGAACCAAUCCAAGGGUCACAUCUUCUCCUGCGGUGGCGGCCUCGUCGAGACCGAGGAGGCGCGCAAGCUGCUCAUUUCAUACCAGAAAAACGGCGGCUGCGUCCUCAUGGUGCAUCGCGAUACCGACCAGGUCGUCGAGUAUCUGAUGAGGGACAAGAGCCGCCCAGCCUACUCCGAGAACAUUCGGGAGGUUUACUACCGUCGCAAACCAUGGUUCGAGGAGUGCAGCAACUUCCAGUACCACAGCCCACAUUUGGAUGGCUCCGAGUCGCUGCUCGAGGCCCCAGCCGAUUUCAGCCGAUUCCUCUCCGUCAUCUGCGGCCAGUCUUCGCACUUGGAGGACGCCCGUAAAAAGAAGCACACCUUCUUCGUCUCGCUGACUGUCCCUAAUGUUGCCACGGCUCUGGACAUCAUCCCGAGAGCGGUCGUGGGAUCCGACGCGGUCGAGUUGCGCGUGGAUUUGUUGGAGAGCUUUGACCCAGAGUUCGUGGCGCGCCAGGUUUCCCUCCUCCGAUCCGCAGCCAAGGUUCCUAUCGUCUACACUGUACGCACGGUCAGUCAAGGGGGUAAGUUCCCUGACGAUGACUACACGCUGGCUCUCCAGCUCUAUCACAUUGGCCUGCGUACGGGUGUGGAGUACCUUGACCUGGAAAUGACGAUGCCUGCUGAUAUUCUCGACGCCGUGGCCGAGUCGAAGGGUUUCACCCGCAUCAUUGCCUCCCAUCACGACCCCCAGUCCAAGUUGUCGUGGAGGAACGGCUCAUGGAUUCAGUUCUACAACAAGGCGCUACAGUAUGGUGAUAUCAUCAAGCUCACGAAGAUGCUCGCUGCCCACGACGUCCCCAUCAUCGCACUCAACAUGGGCCACGCGGGCAAACUCAGCAGGAUGCUCAACGGCUUCAUGACGCCAGUCUCUCACCCGGAACUACCAGCCAAGGCGGCCCCUGGGCAGCUCUCGGCUACUGAGAUCCGGCAGGCACUUUCCCUCAUUGGUGAGCUCGAGCCCAGGUCUUUCUAUCUCUUCGGAAAGCCCAUCAGCUCGUCGCGCUCGCCCGCACUUCAUAACACGCUGUUCGGCGCGGCUGGAUUGCCCCAUAGCUACUCAAAUUUCGAGACAGACAACGCUUCGGAUGUCCAGGACCUCAUCCGCUCCCCGCACUUCGGCGGCGCCUCGGUGACCAUCCCGCUAAAGCUCGACAUCAUGCCCCUCCUGGAUAGCAUCUCGGAUGCCGCGCGCUCCAUCGGCGCCGUCAACACCAUCAUCCCCGUGCCGUCCGCAACCGGGGACAAGCCAAUUCUCCUCGGCGAUAACACCGACUGGAUGGGCAUGGUCUUCUCGCUCCGCUCCGCCGGCCUCGUCCAGCGGACUGCAGCGUCCCCCGGAGCCGCCAUGGUGGUUGGCUCAGGCGGCACCACCCGCGCAGCUAUCUACGCGCUCCACUCACUGGGCUAUGCGCCCAUCUAUCUGGUCGCACGGGCCCCGGAACGGGUCAAGGAGAUCUCGGACGGCUUCCCCGCCGACUACGACAUCCAGCAUCUGGCCACACCAGAGGAGGCCGCUGCCGUGGCCGGGCGGGAUGCGCUCCCGGGCGUGGUCAUCAGCACGAUCCCGGCCGACAAGCCCAUCGACUCGGGCAUGCGCGAGGUGCUGGUGGCCGCGCUGCAGAGCGGUGGCGCGUCGGGCCAGACCAAGGGCGAGCCGCGCGUGCUGCUGGAGAUGGCCUACACGCCGAGGCACACGCCGCUGAUGCAGCUGGCGGAGGAUGCCGGGUGGACGACCAUUCCCGGGUUGGAGGUGCUUGCUGCACAGGGGUGGUAUCAGUUCCAACUCUGGACGGGGAUUGCGCCCAUCUAUGCUGAUGCGCGGGCGGCUGUCCUAGGGAAUGAGUCUUCGUAA